AGGAAAAGGAAUAAUGCAAUAUUUCCCCGCCAACAGCUCCUUAUUCCACAACGUCCAUAACAAAACUCCACCCUCCGUAGAAUAAUCGAAAACAUCGACGAUCAUAGGAUCACAGGGGAAAGGGGGAAGAAUACGGGAAAAUAAUCUAAAAAUGGUUGGGACGACGGCGGCGGAUGACGUGGCAUGUGGGGAUGGAAACGAGACGAGGACGUGCGUGGUGCUCGGAGGUCGAGGAUUCUUAGGGAGAUCACUCGUCACCAGGCUGCUUCGACUCGGAGGCUGGUUCGUACGUAUCGCCGAUUCAUCUUCUCACUUGCUGCAACUCGACCGUUCCGCCGCUUCCGACUCUAUCCUAUCCAGUGCUCUUUCGUCUGGUCGAGCCUCUUUUUGCCAUGUUGAUGUUCGCGAUACAUCUCAAAUCAUCAAAGUAACAGAAGGAGCUGGUGUUGUAUUUUACAUGGAACGGACUGAUUUAGACACACAUGAUAUCUAUAGUUGCUACAAGAUUAUUGUUCAAGGUGUAAAAAAUGUCAUUAACGCAUGCCAAGAAUGUAAAGUUAGGCGACUCAUAUACAACAGUUCUGCAGAUGUUGUUUUUGAUGGGUCAAAGGAUAUACUUGUCGGUGAUGAAUCCUUCUCUUGCCCGGGGAAUUUUCCAGAUGUGCUGAUUGACUUUAACCUUCAAGCAGAAGAACUAAUCAGGUUAGCUAACAAUAUUGAUGGUCUUGCAACAUGUGUACUUCGCCCUAGCAAUGCCUUUGGACCUGGUGACACAUGGUUUGUGCCUUUGCUAGUGAAUCUAGCCAAAUCUGGUUUGGCAAAGUUUAUUACAGGACGUGGUGAAAAUAUGUGCGACUUUACCUAUGCGGAGAAUGUUGCUCAUGCUCAUAUCUGUGCAGCAGAAACUUUAGAUUCUCGGUCAGUCUCUGUGGCUGGAAAGGCUUUCUUCAUCACGAACCUUGAGCCUAUGAUGUUUUGGGAAUUUGCGUCUCAUAUACUGGAAGGCUUAGGGUAUCAAAGACCAUUCAUAAAAGUUCCAUCUUGGAUGUUUGCCUAUACUCUCUCACUUCUUCAACAUACACAUGAGGAAUCACACUUCAGAAUUGAUAAAUAUUCUCCGCACUACAUUGUUCAAUUAGCUUCACGUACCAGAACUUUUGACUGCUCAGCAGCUCAAAAGCAUCUUGGAUACUCCCCUGUUAUAUACCUAGAAGAUGGUGUCAGGUCAACCAUUGCAUCAUUCUCUCAUUUAGCCAAAGACUCAUCUUUUAUGAGAGACAACUGUUUAAACACAAUCAAAGCUGUGAAGCUGCUAGGCAGUGGGAUAGUUGCAGAUGUCUUGCUGUGGAGAAGUGCAAAGAGAACACUUUUAUGCUUCCUUGUUCUGGCUUUUUUAUUUUACUGGUUCUUUCGCUGCGGAAGAACUUUUACCUCAUCUGUAGCCAAGCUUCUGCUGCUAGUUACUGUCGUUCUUUAUGGAUAUGGAAAUUUAUCAGCGAAUAUAGGGUUUUUUGCUGUUAAAAGGAUAUCUUCAUCUUGUUUUGAAAUCCCAGAAUCAACUCUGAAAAAUUCACUCAGAUCCGUAUCAUACACGUGGAAUAGAGGAGCUCGUCACAUCAAAUUGUUGGCAAAGGGGGAAGACUGGGGAAAGUUUUUCAAGGUUGCAAUUUUCCUUUAUAUCGCGAAGUGGAUGCUAGAAUAUUAUCCCUUGGAUGUGUUUGUUAGAAUUGCUCUGGUUGUUGCCUUCACCGCAUUCAUUGUGUACGAACAACAUGAACCGGUGAUUGAUGGAUUAGGAUGGGUUCUGUACUAUGGUAUCACGGCAUUAGAAGAACUGGUGAGGAGGAGCCUUCCGUCAUUUCCUCGAAGGUAAAAUACAACAAGCUCUCAAAGCAUUUUAGUUUCUGAUGCUGAUCGGACUAGCGUGGUUAGACUUGCUUCAAUCUUUACAAAAAUAUUUUCCUAUCAAGCUCCGAAUGCUUUUGUAUUUGAGCAUUUUGGUGUUGGUAGUGG